UAACAUCUGACCUAGAAACAUUCAAUACAAUAAUACAUGGUUUAUGAUAAUCUCUACAACAGAACCCAAAAAGAAUCAAGGAAUGGACCCUAAAUGUCCUGUAUUAAUUGAAACUGAAAGUUUUGCUUCCGAGAUUUGUACUCAAUAUUUGUCAGAAGAGCCAACAGAAACAAAACGAGAAAAGUUGGACAUAGUUGAGCAAUUCAUUGACCAAAACGGAGUUUAUGAACCGCAAUUUGAUUGCAAAGGCACAAUCGAUGACAUACACUCAGCCCCUUAUAGAAGUGAUACCGUUGAAAAGUUCGAACAGCGUUCUUGUGUAUCACCAUGCCCAGGAGAUGUUGAAGAAAACACUGAAUUGAUUGAUUCAAAUUUGAAAAAAUGGAAUCGUCAUUCAUGCAGUAGUGUUACUGGGGAAAAAGCAGAUAUGAAAAGACAUUCACCCUCUGUCCACUUAAAGCAGCACAAUUGCCCCAUGUGUAAUUACUCGUCCAGUCGUACAUGCAACGUCAAAGCACACAUAAAUUCUGUACAUUUGAACUUAAAGAGAUUUGGUUGUGACCUGUGUGAUUAUGCGGCAAACUAUAGAAGUACUCUCAAAAAACAUGUAGAUUCUGUACACUUGAAUGUGAAGGGACAUCAUUGCCACAUGUGUGAAUUUGCCUCGUAUGGUAAAGGUGACCUUACUCGACAUAUAGAUGCUGUCCAUAACGAUAUUAUUAAAACAAAGGUGAAAAAGCAUGUGUGUCAGACUUGCCAUUAUGUGACAGAUAAGAUAACUAAUCUUACAGCCCAUAUCAAUUCAGUUCAUUUGAAUUUGAAACAACAUAAGUGCCAUUUGUGUAAUUUUGAAUCAAAUCGAAAAUUUAAUCUCAAAGUGCAUAUAGACUCCGUUCAUCUAAAAUUGAAAGAGUAUCAGUGUACUUUAUGCGAUCAUAGCACAAAUUGUAAAAAACGGCUGACAGCACACAUUCAUUCGGUACAUUUAAACUUGAGACAACAUAAGUGCCACUUGUGUAAUUAUUCGGCAAAUCAUAUUGGCAACCUCAAAAUACAUUUACAUAAAAUUCAUUUGAAACAUAAAUGACGGUUCUGCUAUCAUGCUGCUGACACUACUUUCAACUUGGAUCACCACGUAAAUUCCAUCCAUCGAUUUGACUCAUACCUGUAAAAACAUUAAACGAUAUUUGUAACUCACCACUUGAUUGUAAGCUCCAUAUGGAUGGACCUAAUAAAAAAAAGCUAAUAUU